AUGCCGUACCUGGCCAACACAGCUCAUCUUCAACUUGGAGGAUUCGCUUUUGCUACAGUGGGCUGGAUUUUGGGCUUCGUCGCCACAGGUCUUGUGCAGUGGAGAGUGUGGUAUGUGACCAAUACCACUGUGAUUACCUCUGGCAUUGCUUGGGUUGGCAUCUGGCGGACGUGUUUCUUCAGCCAUAUCUUGGUGUCCACAAACCAAAAAGUGAUGUACUGUAAGGAAUACAGCGUGACGGACUCUUUUGUGCCACGUGAAAUAUUUGUGGCACAGGGCCUCAUGUUGACGGCUAUAAUCCUUGGUGCAAUGGGAAAAGCUGCAUCUGUCUUUGGACUAAAACAUGUCUAUCAUGGGACAGACAAUUUCAACAGGAUUCUUCAGUGGUUUACAUUGAGUGGAUUUUUGUGCAUAUUUAGCAGUAUUAUCAUUCUUAUUCCAGUGGCUUGGAAUAUGCACUCCGUUGUCAAUAAUGUUAGCAUUUAUUUCCCCAGCACGUAUUAUAUGCCUUCCAUUCCUCAGAGGCAGGAAGUCGGUGCUGCCAUUUGCCUGGGGAUUGUUUCCGCCAUCUUCUAUUUCUGGAGUGGGAUAUUUUUCCUUGCCUAUAAGCUACCUCACCUUUCCAACAACAUUGUUCAUCCAAUAGGUUCAAAUGAUUCUGCAUUCUCGGAUGAUUUCAGUAUGACUUCUAGGGAGGUGGAAAGGUCUGCAAGCUUUGCGUCACUAACCAGUUUUGGAAGUAUACCUUUAAAUUGCGAUGGAAUUAGGAACCAGGCAUUUGAAUGGGACGUGGGUGAACUGUUAUGA